CUUCGCCUCCUAGUGAUGUCGCCUGGAACUCGGUCCAAUGCCCGUCAAAUAUCCACGGCAAACGGUUCGAUUACCCUACCCACGUUCCAGAUCAGGCUGCCUAGUGUGUCGGCGGCUGCACAAGAAAUGCGAUGAGCGUCGCCCCGAAUGCACUCGCUGCGUGCUGAAGGGAAAGUUAUGCCAAUGGCCAGGUGCUUCUGGUCAGCGUGAGCCUGACCCUGGCGAUGCACCUCCAACCCCUCCAACCCCGGAUCUUAUUUCUCACCCUAGUUCUCAUAAUCCCCGCAGGGAGAACGCAUCGUCCCCAGUCCCAAUAUUCCGUCACGGUGGGGGACGGUCGGGGCCGCGAGACGAGGUCCCUCGGCUGAUCACACUACCGAGUUGCCCCUCGAUGGGCUCGGUGUCCUCCAUGUUUCUCGCCUACUUUGUCGCCGAAACCAGCCGGUUCAUGACCACCGUUGGCCCGGAGAAGAACCCCUUUCUCACGCAUCUGCUCCCGCUGGCCUUCUCGGACGAGUUGAUCCUCUACUCCCUGCUCGCUCUAGGAGGGGCCCACUUGGAACGUAGACAAAGCUCCCCAGAAAUCAAGACCUGGGUUUGCCGCCAUUAUGGACAGGUCAUCUGUCUGCUGCAGGGUGCCAUUUCGCGCAAAUCGAAUGAGCCGCUCGACUGGCUUCGAGCCCUACUGGCUCAGAUUAUCCUCUAUCUAGUUGGGGUAUUCGGCUCUGCCCAAGACGAAGGCGCAAUGAUGCAUAUCCGAGCCGGUCGGAAAGUCGCCCGUCGGCUACUGAGCGCCUCCUCCAAAACCAGUGACCUGCGAGUCCUAUGUGGCUUCACCUUCGAACUAUACACCUACCUGGCCCUAAUCGCCAGUCCCACCCCCUACAACAAUGGGACAGAGUCCGAGCUGGAUACUCGCAGCUCUCUCCUACUUUCGUGGGACAUCCUCAAGAACUAUGCGACCUUCGGCCUCAUCGUGUCCCCCAUCUACCAGAGCCUGGACAUCAUCCCGCGGGUGAUUUCACUCUGCAUACGCCGCCAGGCGGAGAUCAUGUUCGACGAGCACUCGUCGGAAAGCUGGGCGGAGUUCGUGGAAUUGAUGACACUCAUCGAGACAGUUGGAUCAUCUGGGUCUGGGUCUGCCGAUGACCCACACCCUGCCACCAGCCCCGAAGAACACGAGCAAAGUCUGACUAUUGCAGCGAUUUACCGUCACGCGCUAGCGAUCUUCGCGUACGACGCGAUGUGGUGCGGGACUAUUGUGGGAGACGAGAGCCGAUUGGCGGCGGUUCGCGAGCAUGCUCUGAGUGCGUUGAUGCUUAUGCCAACGUUGAUGGACACGCCUCUCAGGAACGUUCUUCUCUGGCCGACGAUCGUGAUUGGGUCGUGUCUUGUCAAUGAGGCGGAGUGGGAUGUGAUUAGAAAUAUAUCAUCUAUCAGAGAGCCGAUCUCUGUGGUGAUAAAGAUGAAGUCGAUGCUUGAGGAUCUGUGGUCGGCAAAUGACCCUGCUUUAUUUGGGCCGUAUGGGCUACACAAACAUAUGGUGUCACAUCAGACUACUAUAUAUCUUGCGUAAUGCAGAAGCAAGGCAUGGUUCGAAUAGGUUUCCGCAUGUAUGUGUUUCACCGGCAUACCGUGGGAGAUUGGCGUAUAGGAAUAAUGGAUA